AUGAAUAUACUAGUCUUCUUCUUGCUCGGCUGCCUCUCUUUGGAGUCGGUUUUGUCAAGUCUCAGGAGCUUCGAAGCAAUCUUCAACUUCGGCAACUCUCUGUGCGACACUGGAAACUUCCUCCUUUCUGGGGCACCCACAUUUCCAGUCAUCGAAAAGCACCCUUAUGGAGAGACUUUCUUCUACCACACAACCGGUCGAUUUUCAAACGGACGCCUCAUUGUUGAUUUCAUAGCUAAAGCAUUUGGACUACUAUAUCUUCCACCAUAUCUAGCAGUAGCCAAAGGUCCACCUGUUGGUACAGGAGUGAACUUCGCAGUUGCUGGUGCCACAGAGAUCGACUCGUCUUUCUUCUCUGCUCAGAAAAUUGUGUUGUGGACAAAUGACUCGUUGAGUGUUUAG